UGCCGAUUCACAAAAAGCAAUCGAAACCAGAAAAGCCAAUUCCGAUUUCUCUGUUGACAAGACCGAACCUUUUUUUUUUUUUCUUUUUUUUUUGUUAAUUCUUAUUCUUAUUCUUUUUCAUCUUCUUCUUCCUCAAUCAAAAACCCACGCGCUGCUUCAAUGCCUUCGUCACCGGUGCCUGCAUCGUCGCCGUCGUCCGGAUUGACCGCCAUGUCGCCCAAAUCGGGCUGCGACUGGGCGUUGGAAUUACCAGAACUGGAACCACUCCAUCCGCUCACUCGCCAGUCACUUCUAGUGUUGGAUCCCACCACCAACAAUUUCAAUACUACCUCCAUUACAAGCUCGAAGAAUCCAUCCUCGCUUCCAUCCGCACCGUUGCCAACUACCACCACCACCACUGCGGUGUCGUCGUCGACGGACGUGAAUCAUUCGGGUGUCGAGUCAUCGCGCGUUUCAACCCAUUCUUUCAAUCUCGCUCCUCCUCUUCCACCAGCAGCCAGCAGCAGCCGUACAGCGACCACUGCACCUGCCUCCUCCAGUACCAGUACCAGUGCCAGUACCAGUGCCAGUACCAGUAGUAGCAGUGGCCGUCAGCCGCAGCUGUCGAACCCACCGAAUUCGAGCAAGAGUGCAAACCACUCGCUUCCAAAUUCGACUUUUCCUGCGGUCUCGUCCCGUCACCACUCCUCGCAGCAGCACCACACUCAGACCUCCUCUGCGCCUGCCGACGAGCCUCCUUCGAGCAGCAAGAGCAGCAACCUCCGCAAGUUCACUGCCGAGCAGAGCCAAAGCGGGUCCUCUCACCGGCAAUUGCAGCGCGUUGGAAGUGCGCGAGGCCCGCUGCAGCGAAAUUCCGCCAAUCUCAGUUUGGAAUUUGCUCCACAACACCGCCAGUCCCAGCCGCUCGAGCUGAUUACAGAGCAGUCCUCGUCGCCUGCGGUUGAGGCGUCGGGGUCGUCAGUGCCAUUGCUGCCGUCGUCUGCAUCGUCUACGGCGGUGCUGGUUCCAACUCCGAACGGACAGCGCAGGUAUUCGCUGCUGGUUGGGAAGCAAGCACGCCAAUUUGAGCAGCAACAAGCAUUCGCUCAGCUCCGAGGCACCCCGCCCAACCGGCUCGUGCAUCCAACGGCAUUCUCUCCUGUCGUGUCUGCUUCUACACAGCAGUCAAGUCCAUCCAAAAGCGCUGCGUCCAACCAGCCGCAGCAACAGCCGAAAAGGCAAUCAUCGUCGUCGUCGUCGGUGUCGAAUCUGGCCGCUUCGCCGCUGUUUCGCCCAGUUCAUGCACACGUGUCUGAACAGCCACCGGUAUCUUCACAACAGCAGCCUCAGCAUUCCCACCAAUCUCAGCCAUCUCAGCAGAGGCAGUUUCCACCACCAAAAUCAAGCACGUCUGUCGAUUCGACCUUGCAGCAAACUGCUUCGCCGCUAAAAACCAGCUCCGCGCCGUUGUUCUCGACCAUGAAUCGCCACUCGGCGUCUGCAUAUGCCCCUCCGUCCCACAUCAGGCGACCAAGGUCAAUGGUUGUCACGGUGGAUGGCCAAGAAACAGUGCUCGAAUCAACAGGACAAGCAAGCUCGCAGAAUAGCAGGCCAGCGAGCUUGGUGGAGGCCGAACUGUUCGAGUACUCGACGGUGGAUGAGCUGUACUCGAUGCUCCAAGCGUACGAGGCUCGGCGUCAAUUGCCAGACGCAAGUCCGUACGCUACAAGCCAACCUGCGCGCGAACGACGGAUACAUCGUCAGGACGAAACGACAACCAACAGCAGCAGGCGACAGCAGCAGCAGCAUCCGCCGCUGUUCGAGGUGUCUCGAGAUUCCAGUACCACGAGCUCGACUACCAGCGCUGGAUCAAGCAGCACCUCUCUUACAAGACACUCGUUUGUUGCACCUGACUCGACAGGCAAUCUCAACCGUGAUUCUGCAACCCAGCAAUCGCGAAAUCGUGUCCAAGCGUUGCGACCCCGACCGUCCAGCAUUCAUGGGCUGCCACGUCCGCCACACACACCGCCACACCACCCAACUGCUUCCAUUACUGCUGCUGCAGCAGCUGCGGCUGCCGGUGCUUCGUCGGGAUCCAGUGUUGCAACCUCUUCGAGCUUCAGCACCCUGUCGAGCGUCGCAACCUCCUCGAGUUUCAGCACUCUAUCGGGAGUCAGCUCGCCCGUCACGCCCUCGUCGGCGCAUUACAUGAUGAACGACUUUAUCAGCUUUCCUGGCUCGCCUUCACAGCCAACUGCCGGAGCGGCAACGCUUCAACGCACCCCCGACGUGGAUGAUGAAGGCUUGCCGUACAAGCUCAUGACCCCCAUGCUUGCCGCUGCCAUGGCGGCGCUCAGUGAAGGGAACAUUGCCCAGCUCGCAUACUUUCCUCCCGAGGUGCUAGGCCAGCUUCGCAUUGUCUCAGCUCCCAGCACUUCUUACCCUAAAAAUGGCUCCAGUAAUUCCCAGGUUGGUUCGCCCGGCAGUGGCAUGGGCCCCAAAGGCCGCGUUCCCAGCCUCGAGGUGAUGUAGAUCAAGCAAUGGCCAGCAGCUGCGACUGCCCCUUUGAGCCGUGUUUUCUCGCAUGCUUUUGUUGCAUCAAAUUGUAAAUUUUACGUUAGUAUAUUAGAGGUGUUUCUCUCUCUUUCGCUGCAAACUAGCUGCAGCAACGCAGCUCCCCUGCCAAUGCGCCAACGUUGCGGAAUACUGUAGGUUGCCAAGUCCCCUUGUAAUUCCACCCAGCCCAUCGAGCGCUUUGUACUGCAUUUUCCAUAUGAAUAGAUCAAUGUGCA